AUGGUGUGCCCAGGCAUUGGCUCCAUUGAUGAAGAGACCCGCAGCUCCUCCAGAAGCCCUCGGAAAAAUCCUCCGGCAUGUCCCCCAGGAAGCUCCCCGGGAUACUUGGGAGGCAGCUCCUCCGGCAGGUCCUCGGAGGACUCCUCCGGGGGGUCCCCAGCAGGCAGCCCUCCCGGGAGGUCCUCGGCGGCAAAUCCCUGGCAUGUCCCCGGGGAGGCAGUCCUUUGCCCUGUCCUGGCAGGCAGCUUCCGGGAUGUCCCGGCGGCGGCCCUCCCGGAUAUCCCGGAGGCAGCUCCUCCGCAGUCCAAGCCCCCCAACCCCGGGGGCCCCCAAAACUACGCCCAAAUGGCGUUCAGGGCCGUUUUGCACCCACGGUUUUCCCUGAUUCUCGGCAGGUAG